AUCACAUGGACGUUUGACCUACUUUUCGUCCAUCAUGGAAAUUUCAGGUUACACACGAGAAAUGCAGUGGGAGGCGUCAAAGAGAAGAAGUUUUAGGACGGAGUUCUGACAUUUUAUUUCUAACACUGAAAUCUUUACCAUGUGGUAUUAUUUAUGGAGCGUUUUUUACGUAAUCGUCUUGAUUUGGCUGAUCACAAGAUUGUUAGCUUGGUUGGCUCAGUGGCUGCUCCAGCGAUAUGGAGGGGUCCUUGUGAAGAUAGGAAGUGUGGGCCUCUUCAGCUGUAAAAAAGUCCAGAUAACCAUAAAAAAAGGCCUCUCUGUGGAGAUAGAAAGAGCCUGGCUGUCCAGUGUGUUUUUUAACCAAGAGGUGAAGAAACCCCUAGUGAUAUGUAUAGAGGACAUAAGAGUACAGGCUGAUGUCCACCACGAAGAACAAGGAUCCACUCCUCGAUCUCAGGAGAGGAAGUCUGUCAUCACCAAACUAGCUUACUAUAGUCAGUUUUUAGGACUGAAAAUCUCUAAUCUCACUGUGUUGUUACUGAAUACAAUGAUACAAGACUGCCUUGUCCACGUGAAAAGUGACUCUGUCAACCUGGAUAUCACAGUCACAGAGGGCUGCUAUCAGCUGACAUUUGAUGUAGACAGUGUAAAAUGUCAGGCCUUACGCAGUGCCCAGACAACAGAGAAUAUAGAGCCAUGUCUAGCGGAAGCCUCCUGGAAGUUAAUCCAUGUCACAGGUCUCCUACACAGCAACACAAAAAUUAAAUCAGCAAGAAUUUUGGUGGAGAAACCACAAGCAAUGAUGACAGAAGCUUUUUUAACAAGUUUACAAGAUGUCCGCCGAUCUCGCCUUGCCAAUGCAUUAACCAGAGAAGAAAGACCUUCCAGCCAAAACCUUGCCUCAAAGAUUCCAUUAGAACAAAUAAUUCCAAAUGAAAUUGGAAUUGAUGUUACAGAUUUACACACAGUGAUAGUUAGGGAUAAUAAACAAAGAACACUAAGUAUUAGUCUGAGAAUGUUCCAUACAGAAUUCUUCAAAGGGAAGGGUUUACAUGAAGUUAAUACUAACAGCAGUGAGGAAGCAGUUCUUAACAUUAUUAUAGAUGACUUUCAUACAAAAUCUCCACAAGCCAGAUUUGCCGAUUUAGAAAAAAUGAAAAUCAAGUGCAAGGUUGGGGGUGACUCUGUAGAUAGUUCUUUAGCUGUCCAUGGAGGCUACUUUCAUUAUCAUCACGAUGAAGUGCAAUAUUGGAGCAGUGUGGUCUGUCGAUUAACUGAGGGACGCUCCUCCUCCCAAUUAUCAACAAUGUCUACCAACUCUAGUCAACCAUCAUCUCCCUACAGAUCCAAACUGCGGGAUUUUCUACACAGUCGUGAGAUUUCAUGUGUUGUUAAUUUAAAUGAUGUGUCGUCUGCUGUGUCAUCUGCUAUCUGUUCUGGUCUUCAUUUUGGUGUCCUCUCCACACAAUUCUCAUUCACUGUCUUUCCUGGAGUGGCAGGAGACGUCCAGCAGGACCUCUCCUGUCAGGUGGAGGUAAAUACGGUGUACUGUCAACAUAUGGAGAGCACAGUCACACCCGACACACUGCAUCACCAGCAUCAUUACUGGGACCACCCCAUCUACAUAGAUAAACUGGUUCUAAAGAUGAUGAAGUCGGGGAGUGAGGUGGAGGUGACAGCGAUCGUGAUGAAUGGACAGCUAGAGUGGUCCUCCAACACCGUCAAUGUCCUCCUCAGCUUUCUGAGCUCCCUACAGAGAUCGCGCUCCUACUCAGGGGAGAUCAAUCUACCAAGGUCCUCAUCCAGGGCUCCAAUGUCAGGAAAUACAGCAUGGAAAGUACCUGCCAAUUUAAAGGUCACUAUCAACUUUGAAGCAUCUAACACAAGUGUGUUCAUCACUAAUAAUUAUAAAGUUGGCUUGAUGCUACGAGUGGACAGCAUUAUUGUGUGUAGACAACCUUCACAGAUAGACAUGGCUAUCGAAGGGGUCAAGGUCAUGGCUGUUCAACUCAAAGAUCAAUUUGUAAAACUACAGAGUUCCAGUGACCUUCGCAGUCCAGCUGUCCACAUUCAAAAAGUGGAAAUUGUUUUAUCACAUACUCGCAAUACAUUGGACGUAAAGGUGACCCAGAGUUUGUCUUGCCACUGGGAGACUGGUCAUCAUAUGUGUAUUAUUCAGGCACUGGAAGAUACGAAGGAACUCGUAGCAAAAUUCAAAGAAUUUAAGAAGCCAAGUCCACUUUUAAAGAACACCUCGGCGGAGAUUAAAAUGAAGAUCAAUGUGGGGGUUACAGCUAGAGUGUCUCUCACACUGAAACUGGCACACAAAAGAACUGUAACUCUAUUGGUGGAGGGCCUGGUCUUCAAAAGAUCUGUGGUGGAAGUCCUAAUGGAGAUCAAGAAUUUAGUCAUUCAGUGUGAUAAACACAAAGUCUUCCAUAUAGAGGAAGUGUUGUUUGCUGCUAUGGGAGAUUCGUUCUUAAUGAAGGAAAGAUCUAUUUUUGGGGAUCUCACAUUACAAUCUAACCGUUCCUGGAAUAUAUCAUUUUCAACCUUUAAGGUUUUCUUUCCCUUUAACUACAACUUUGCUGAGUGCUUUGAUGAGUUUGUCAAUUUGUUUAAAUGGUGGAAGUUGGUUCACAACAUACAAAAGAAGCCAUUUACAGUGGACAGUAAACUCCCUCCUGAUCUCAGGAUCAAAGCUAAGUUAUUCAUUAUACAACUGAGUGAUGACCCAUUUGAGGUUAAGUUAGGAGAUAAUUACGAUUUACUGAAAGAUGAAAGCAGCGAGGGCAUCAAACGGCGUCAAGUACUGGACCAAAAGAUUCAGGAGACGAGAAGUCGUGUCAUCAUACCUGCUGAUAAAUUACAAGAGCUGUAUGCUUCCCUGGCCAAGAAGAACAGCGAAAUCUACAUUCAGCGAUCUCACCAGCUGUAUGCUCAGACACCAAUGAGACGGAAGCUGUUUACGUGGGCCAUGGAGGACAUUGAAAUCCUUGCUCUGGCGGACCUAUCAUUCCACGGCAAAGAGAACGUGGUAAAGCACUUACGGGAAAUUGACAAGGACAGUCCGUAUCCUGCUGAGGGACUAGACUUUGUGACCCUGUGGUGUAGAAUGGUCAAUGUCAGCCUCAGUACCUGGUUGAUCACUAUGCGGGACUAUCCCCAGCCCUGGCUGGAGGUCAAGGACAUGCAUCUGUGGGGUAGGCUCAUUGGAGCCGAGCAGGAGGGACUCAAAAGAGCUAAGAGGUCCUGUACCGUGUCAGUGGGAGAGCCAUGGGGAGAUAUGACUGUGGAGAGAAACCUACCCGGUCUAAAGUUUUACCAUGACUUCAGCUGUGAUGUACAAUCUUGGAUAAUGGCCUAUGGUGCAUGCUGGGAACCAGCUAUGGCUCAGUAUAACCUGUCCAUGGAUCUUGUCAACAAACCCUCGGUUGACCCCAGUCGACCCCUCCCCUGGUGGGACAAGAUUCGCCUCCUCCUGCACGGUCGACUGACCAUGUCUGUAGACCAGAUGAGCUGGCUUUAUCAUGCUUCAUUUGAUCCAUACAACACCACGGAACUGAUGGACUGGUCCUGGAGUAACCUCAUUUUGGACUGGACCAAUGCAUGGUUCAGAUUAAAAGGUGACUUGGACAUUUAUGCAAGAACAGCUUCCAAAUAUGAUGAUUGUAAACUUCUUCAUCUUCCAAAGCUUAAUCUUAGUGUGAAGUUGGGUUGGAUUUGUCUUGGUGAUGCCAAUGAUCACCACUCAGUCAUGCCGUGUGCCCCUGAUAAAGUGCCAGAGUACUCACUAGAGGAGCAUGAUUCAUUCCGAGCUUUCAGAUCUCAGAACCUAAAUCUGGAGAUUUCCAUGGAUACAAAACCAAGUAGAGACAACACUCUGAAUAUUCCUAGCUGCCUUUUUUAUGCCAGCACUCUCAAAUUCUUGGAUAAAAUUGGGACAUGUUUAGCUUCAGUAACGAGACCAAUUAAAAGAGGAGCCAUUUUUAAGAAUGCUAAAGCAAGGAAAAUCCAGCUGACACGACAUUACAAAACCAUUAAGUUGGAUGUAAACCUCCAUCGAUUUAACAUCUGUUACUGGAUGUCCUUCUCUAAGCAGCACGGACAGGAACUGCUGGCGGAGUCGUUCGUUCUCCACAGCUGUCACGACCUGACACUGGUCCCGAUAGAAGACGGUCUGUUCCACCGCCCGGCCGCGAACUGGAGUGUCCGAUACCUCAGCUGUGACCUGAACGCUGCCAAGGUCUGGUUACAGAGUGCCAGACAGACGGCAGACGAGUUGAAUGUUUCUUUGAGAAAUCCAGUGGAUAAAAAGCUGUUCAUCACUGUCAAUAGGGUAACAUACAAGAGAGGGGACAUCACAACUCCAAAGACAGAGAGUGAUUCAGAAGAUGAAACAGACAUAAAAAAGGAAAAGUCUCAGUUUGUCCAUAACCUCCAUGUGUACGGAAUGAAGGGGGCAUGGACUAAACACAAUCGUAACGUUCUGAUUGGCCUAUAUGACAGCUACCAGAAGGCCCAGUCACUGAGAAGGAACCUGGCAGCCGACGCCCUCAAGGCCUUCAAAGUGGAGGAGGGAUCUUCACAGAAGAACCGGUCAAUGUCGAUGUCUGCGGGUCAGCCCGAGUCCCCCACACAACAAACCCCACCCUCCAUUAACUAUCUCCACAUACUGGAAAAACUGGUGGCCGAGUCAGACAGCAAAUCUGUCGUCUUCACUGAAGAGCCCUCAAGCUCUAACUUGGAACAGCUCCAUGGCAAGGCUGCAUGUAUGAGAGAGGACGACAUCACCUGCAGGAACUGGCUAAUUGAGCUACACAACUGUCAGGUUGUUCUAAAAGGGGUAGAAACUGAUGGUCAUGUGAUUGUCAGCGCCGCCAAAGCGGAGAUAACGUCGUAUGAGUAUCAACCUGUGUGGCAGAAUCAGCAGAUCCACAGUAAGACAGCCUGGGUCAGCUCCAUCGAAUGCAUGCAGUACUAUGCCACUGUGGACCCUGGCAGUGACCUUGAAGAAGACUGCUAUCCCUGGCUGUCCCAGGAAAAUGUAGAGGAUCGAAUGGAGGAGGAUCUAAGUGGGCUGCCCGAGAUGGUGUCUAGUGGGCACAGUGUAGGGGGAGUCGUCUACAGCACUAUACCCAACACCAAGAAACAAGUUCAGCUUCAGAGGAUCAUCUCCCGGUGUAAAUGUCAGGUGUUCUAUGCCAGCUACGGAAAAGUGGGGCCUGACAUAACACUGGCUAUCCCUCCUCCUCCAAUGGAUGACUCGGACAUCGUAGCACCAGAGGAGGCGGUAGACACGUUUACUCUUCUCCACCAUGAUCUCAAUAUCUGUACCAACUUUCCUCAGUAUCAGAUGAUCCUGGAUAUUGUCAACAAUUUGCUGCUCCAUGUGGAACAAAAACAAAAGGAGACCACAGACAAGCUUCAGGACAUGAGGUUCCAAUUACAACUCUCCAAUAUCGAGGACCAGAAAACUCCUAUCCAGGUCACACAGGAAAAUCUCAGGGAGCAUUGUUUGACUCUUCGGCGACUUGAGAAAGAACUCUACCUCAUUCACAAAGGUCUGGACGAUGAUGAAGACAAUGAAGAUUUGAUGCAACAGAGUGAAGUACGUGAGCACCAAUUGUUUGAUCUCAAGGAAAAAAUUUACUAUCUCAAUGAGGAACUGUCAAUGAGAAUUAGCUGUUUUAAAGAGAGCCAACUUCAGUUCAAAGCACUGCAGAGGAUCAUGAAGGCUCAGCAGGUCCAUGUGUCGCGGCGUAAUGAGGUGUGUUUUAAGUUUGCUCAGUGGAGGCUGACCAGAGAGGACGGGCAGCUGGGAAUAACGGACCUAAUGCUCAGAAACUUUGUAUACACUAAAGUUAACAGAGAUAAUGACACGUGGACUCACCAGCUGGAACUGGGCUGGGUCAAGAUGACCAACCUACUACCAAACACUAUCUACAAGGAUGUCUUGGUCCCCCUUGUACUGGGUAAAGAGAAUGAUCUCAGACAGAUGGCGCUCCGAAUCAUAUGUAGUGAGAGACCCCCUGUUGGAGGGAUUGCUGUGAAGGAGCACUUUGAGGUGAAUGUCGUCCCCCUACAGAUUCAGAUGACUUACCAGUUCUACAAGACAGUCAUGGAAUUCUUCUUCCCUGAUAAAAACAUUGAAACAGAAGGCCCGGAUGGAGAGACAGAGAAGGCCCCCGUGAAAAAGAAAGUGGAGAAGCGACCCUCCAUAAAGAGAGACAGCGUCAAACGAAGCUCCUCAGCUCAUAACUUUGCAGAAAUCGACAAAAUGAAGGAAAGAGCUUCAAAUAACAACACCUUUGUGUACGUUAAAAUCCCAGAAGUUUCUCUCCGUGUGAGCUACAAGGGUGAGAAGGAGAAGAAUAUAGCAGACAUCCAUGACUUCAGCAUCGUCCUACCCACCAUGGAGUACCACAAUCAGAUCUGGACCUGGUUUGAUCUCCUGAUGGCCAUCCGGGGUGACACCAAGAGGGUCAUUUUGUCUCAGGCUAUCAAACAAAAGCUACACAUGAAGUCCAGGGCUGAUGAGGAGACUCCACUUAAUGAUGUUCAACAAGAGGAGAACAAAAUGAAAAUGCUACUUGGUGCCAAAGUCCUGGCCGGUCAGGAAAAACCCGCAAAGAAAGGAAUUUUUGGAAAAUCUCAAAAGAAGUAAAACUCAAUUGUGAGAACAACACAAAUGAUGAAGACGAAGAGAUAAUGAUUGCUAUCAUAACAGUGUAAUGCUGUUUGACAAGUUUCUACAAGAGAUGUAAACUGUUUUUUUUUUUUUUUUUUUGCUUUUCUUCUGUGCCAGGAGUCUUUCUUACAUGUAGUUAAUAUUUAGCUAUGUUUACUCAAAUAUACAUGUAGAUGUAUGUGUAUAUUGUAAAAUCAAUUUUUAUUAAGAUAAAUUUUACUGCUUUGAGGAAAACAUACUGGUUCAAUGAGAAUGGUUUUGGUUAUUGAGGAACUACUGAGUUUUCAUACAAGUAUUUUACAUUUUGUUGAAGGGGAUGAAUAAUGUCUCUUUGUACCUUAAAACAUCCAAUUUUACCUCUGUAGAAGAUAUGACUUCACUGUAAUUUAUUUUGUGCAAUAAUGAAAUGAAAAAAGACUAUUUCUCAAACAUAUAUACAUGGGUUAUGAGAUUUGCAUAUACAUGGUUUUCUGAAGAAUACAACUAAUUAAAAAGCACAAAUAAUUUAUGUAUAUGUAAGAUAUAUUUUAUGAUACUAAUUCUCUUCCAUCUUUUAAGUUCUCUUCCAUUGUUUAAUUCCUGUAUUGGAAUAAUUUUUCUAACAAUAUCACCAGAGAAAGAAAGAGAAUGUGGAAUAUAAUUUUACACUGUAUAUGACCUAAUGUUGUUAAGAGAACAACGAUAAUUGUUUUAUGGUGCUGCUCUUGUUAUGCUAUUUAUUGUUGAAUAUAACGUCUGUGAUAUUCAUUGCUUUAGUCACGUUUUAAAUGUUUUAGAUUCACUAUUUUCUGUGAGGUAGAACUUUAAUUUUAUUUUAGCUGCAAGUCAGGAUUAAGCUUGUAGUUUAAAGCUCAAACUUUUGUACUUAUUUAUUGUUGUGUGUAUUUAAGGUUCUGCUUAUUUAAGUCAUCUAUUUUCACAAUAAAUUAAUUUUUUUGUAUUAUUAAGUUCAAUGAUAUAUACAAUAUCAAUACAUAUUGCAUUGUU